AUGGCUGGAAGACUUGCUGGAAAGAACUGUAUCGUGACUGGUGCUGCUGGCGGAAUUGGUUUGGAAACAUGUAUUCUCUUCGUCAAGGAAGGCGCUAGCGUCGUCAUGGCCGAUAUCAAUAGCGAAGCUCUCGAAAAAGCUGCUGCUAUCGUCCGUCACUUCAAACCUGAUGCUAAGAUCAAGAACGUCAUCUGCGAUGUCUCGAACGAGGAAUCGGUCCAAAACCUAGUAGCCUCAGCGGAUGAGUGGGGUGGUGUCGAUGUCAUGUUCAACAACGCUGGCAUCAUGCACGGUCAGGAUGCCGAUGCAGUCGAGACCCCAGAGAAGAUUUGGGACCUCACUCAAAAUAUAAACGUCAAGGGAGUCUGGUUCGGUUCUAAGCACGCUGUUUUGAGUUUCAGAAAGCAUGGAAAGAAGGCCACCAGUGUUAUCAAUACCGCCAGUUUUGUCGCCUUAAUGGGAGCGGCUACCCCCCAGCUAGCCUACACCGCAAGCAAAGGCGCUGUCCUAGCCAUGACCCGAGAGUUGGCUAUGAUCCACGCCAGAGAGGGGUUCAGAUUCAACUCCUUGUGCCCGGGACCUCUCAACACCCCUCUCCUCCAGGAAUGGCUUGGUGACGAUGCUGAGAAGCGAUUCCGUCGAGAAGUCCACUUCCCAAGUGGAAGAUUCGGUGAAGCUAUUGAACAGGCUCAUGCCGUCGUCUUUCUCGCUAGCAAUGAAAGCUCCUUCGUCAAUGGCACUGAUUUCGUCGUCGAUGGAGGAUUGUCCAAGGCAUAUGUUACUGCGUUAGGAACCGCACCCACCGCUCCCCAAAACAAUGCAUUUGGCCUAGAGAAGAAAUAA